AUGGAUUCAAAUUGUCACGCCCACACUACCGGCUCCACUCCAUCUCCAUCUCUGGCGAAACUUGAUCCCAGUUCGCCAUUCUAUCUCGACUCGCAAGAUCGGCCAAGUGAUUUCAUUACUCCCAUACGUCUGAAGCUUGACAACUUUGAUGAUUGGUCACAUGCUAUUCGUGUAGCUCUUUCCUCUUGCCGCAAAUUCGGCUUUCUUGACGGGACCAUCACUGAAAUCGUCCCUCCUUGUACGCAAGAUGAUUGGGUCACCAUCCACUGCAUGCUUGUAUCAUGGCUCAUGAAUACCAUUGAUGCCGAGGUACAUUCUAUGCUAUCGAAUUAUGAUAAUGCCAAAAGCAUAUGGGACGACUUGCAUGAACGAUUUUCUGUCGUGAAUGGUUCGUGUAUUCAUCAACUGAAAGGAGAUAUUAAUCGGUGUGAGCAAAGUAAAAUUAUGCAUAUUGCUGUUUAUUUUAGUAAGUUGAAUGUUUUAUGGGAUGUGCUAGAUAAACAUGUGCCUUUGAUUUCUUGCCAGUGUGGUAAAUGUACUUGUCAGGUUGGUAGGCAACAUGAAACACGACGCGCAAAUGAUAGGCUGCACCAAUUUUUUCUUGGCUUGUGUUCUGAGUAUUAUGCCCAAUUGCAAUCGACUCUUUUGUCGCAAGAUCCUCUACCUUCAUUGAAUCGGGCAUUCCAACAAAUUUCUCAAGAAGAGUGGGUUCGAGGGAUAACGCGUAUCACCGAAGAGAAGCCCGAUGUGCUCGGUUUUGCGGUGCGCAUAGACAAUAAAUCGAAACAGCGUAUGGACAAGGCAAAGAGGGCGGUCUUGAUAUGUUCUCACUGCCACAAAUCAGGUCAUGACAUCGCUACUUGUUUUGAUCUCCAUGGUACUCCCGAUUGGUACUUGGAAAAAUAUGGCAAUAAUAAGGGCAAACCAAAUGUUCCCUCAACAAAGCUCUCGGCUGGCCGUGGCCGUAACGGAGUGCGUGCUAACGCCACCAACCCAGUCAAUACUCAUGGUUCACCUUUUGCGGAUUCGACCACUGCUCCUACUGCGCAACCCCUACCGGGCUUUACUACUGAACAGUGGGCAACGUUAACCGCUGCAUUUGGAACCUCAUCUCCCUCUUCUCACCGACUGCAUGGUAAGUUGGGACUGGAUGCUGGAUGUUCCCAUCAUGUUACUGGUGACGAAUCUUGUUUAUUAGAUAUUAAAGUUGUUUCGCCUUGUCCCGUGGGUCUUCCUGAUGGUCAAUCGGUGGUUGCUACUAAGGAGGGUGCCGUGCAAAUAACAGACAAAAUCAUACUCCAACAUGUUCUCUUUGUACCUCAAUUAACAUGCAAUUUAAUUUCAAUUUCACAGCUAAAUGAUGAUCUAAAUUGUUUUGUCCAAUUUCAUUCUAAUGUAUGUGUUACACAGGACCUACUUUCGAGGGAGGUGAUUGGAACGGGUGAACGACGAGAUCGACUUUACUACCUACGACAGGGAUUAAAAGUGCAAGCAGUUUCAGUUGAUAGUUCGAAGUCUUUAGAACUAUGGAAUAGUCGAAUGGGCCAUCCUUCCGAGAAAAUAGUGAAGUUGCUUCCUUUUUUAAAUAAUUCUAAGGGUUUUUUGACAAAAGGAUGUGAAGUUUGUCAUCGUGCUAAACAUUCUAGAGAUAGUUUUCCUUUAAGUGCAAAUAAAUCAACUCGAAUUUUUGAGUUAGUGCAUUGUGAUUUGUGGGGUCCGUAUGAUGAAACUUCUUCUUGUGGUGCCCGUUAUUUUUUAACUUUAGUAGAUGAUUAUUCGCGUGCUGUGUAG